UUAACAGGAAUCAACAUCAUCAUCAUAAUCACAAACGCACGUUAUUAAUUUUUUUUUCAUUGAUGAAAAUAAAUUUCAACAAAAUCGAAGAAAUUUUUUUUGUUGUUGAUUGAUUUUAUAGAUUUUCAUUCUUAUUACAUCAGUAAAAAUAUUAAAAGGAAAAUAUCGAUAUAACAAAAGUAUCUUUUUGUUUUCAUUUGGAAUUUUUUCAACAAAUAUUUUCUACAAUGGCCGAAGAAGAUUGGACUAUUGUAUCAAAAGUGACCACAAAUAAAUGGCAAGAAGAAGAUGAAGAUAUAAAAGAUAAUUGGGACGAUGAUGAUGAUGAUGAUGAUGAACAUAGUAAAGCAAGUUCAACGGGUACCGAAUCUAAUCAACAAAAAACUAGUGACCAACAACAAAUGAAAAAAACAAGCGGGAAAAGGAAAAAUAAAUUGAAGGAAAAAAUUCAACAAAAAGAAGAAAUUGAACGUAGUCAACCGAAAACAAUGGAAGAAUUAUUGGCCGAAAAAUUAGAAAAUCAACGGCUAAUUGAAGAAGGUGAUCUAGCUUUAGCAAAAGAAACAUUCGGUUUAUCCGGUAAUAAUGAUUCAUCAUCAGCAUUAAAUAAUAUUCGUUUAGCAACAAAAGAAGAUUUUGAAGAUUUUCGAAAAGCAUUGGAUGAAAAACUUAGUCCAUAUACACGUUCACCACAUUAUAUGACAUUUUUAGAAGGUUUAUUUCGAACAUUAGCUUCCGGUUUAGAUAGUGAUGAUAUUAGAAAAUUAGAUGCAACAUUAACAGCAUUGUAUAAUGAAAAAAUUAAACUACAAAAGCAACAAAAUAAAGGUAAAAAAAGCCAUAAAAAAGCACCGACAAUCAUGAUGGAACGUGAAAAAGAUUAUUCAUAUGGAAAACAAUUGGAUCAAUAUGAAGAUGAAUAUGAUGAUUUUAUCUAAGUUUCAAAAAAAAAAUAAAUAAAUAAAAGUCUCGAUGUUGUAUGUUUGUUCCCAUCCCUUUUUCCGUUAAAACCAACCAAUGAACAAAGUCAUAAUAUAUUAUUAACAACAAC